GUGUCCGGCCGCCCGCGCGGCGUGCGGGCCGGGGUGGCGAUGCGGCGCCGGCGGGCGGCCGCGGCGGGCGUGCUGGCCGCCUUCCUGCUGGGCUCCGUGCUGGCCGCGCUGCUGGCCCCCGGCUCCGAGCCGGCCCCGGGCCCCGCCGAGCUGGCGCGCCGCAUCCGCGCGCGCUACGACGAGGUGCAGCGCUUCGCGCGCGGCCGGCCCGAGCGGCGCCGCCUCAUGGACCUGGCGCUGGCCCCGGCCGGACACGCGGGCCCCGGGCCGCGCCUGGGCUGCGCCGCGCUGCGCAACGUGUCGGGCGCGCAGUACGUGGGCUCGGGCUACACCAAGGCCGUGUACCGCGCGCGCCUGCCCGGCGGCGCCGCCGUGGCGCUCAAGGCGGUGGACUUCGGCGGCCACGACCUGGGCAGCUGCGUGCGCGAGUUCGGGGCCCGGCGGGGCUGCUACCGGCUCGCGGCCCACAAGCUGCUCAAGGAGAUGGUGCUGCUGCAGCGGCUGCGCCACCCCAACGUGCUGCAGCUCUACGGCUACUGCUACCAGGACAGCGAGGACAUCCCCAACACCCUGACCACCAUCACGGAGCUGGGCGCCCCCGUGGAGAUGAUCCAGCUGCUGCAGGCCGCCUGGGAGGACCGCUUCCGGGUCUGCCUGAGCCUGGGCCGCCUGCUCUACCACCUGGCGCACUCCCCGCUGGGCUCCGUCACGCUGCUGGACUUCCGGCCACGGCAGUUCGUGCUGGUGGACGGGGAGCUCAAGGUCACGGACCUGGACGACGCGCGCGUGGACGAGACGCCGUGCGCCAGCAGCGCCGACUGCACGCUCGAGUUCCCUGCCAGGAACUUCAGCCUGGCCUGCUCGGCCCAGGGCCGCUGCCAGGGCAUGAACGAGAAGCGGAACCUCUACAACGCCUACAGGUUCUUCUUCACGUACCUCCUGCCGCACAGCGCCCCGCCCGCUCUGCGGCCCCUGCUGGACAGGAUCGUGAACGCCACAGGAGAGCUGGCCUGGGGGGCGGCCGAGACGCUGGCGCAGCUGGAGACGGUGCUGCACCUCUACCGCAGUGGCCAGUACCUGCAGGACAGCGCCCAGCCCCGGGCCAGCGAGUACCGGCGCCUGGACGGCAGGGCGGUCCCCGGGGAGGACUACCGCUGCUGGCCCUCCUACCGCCACGACGGCUGCCUCCUGUCCGUGUUCGACGUGGCCGAGGCCACACGCGUCUGUGACGGCCAUGCCCAGUGCCGGGCCUUCGUGCUCACCAACCAGACGACCUGGACAGGCCGGCAGCUGGUGUUCUUCAAGACGGGAUGGAAUCACGUGGUGCCCGACGCCAACAAGACCACAUACGUGCGGGCCUCUGGCUGACCCGGGCACCCAGGCAGCAGGCUGGUGGCCUGCGGACACCCUGGGCGUUCGAGGGGCCCAGACAAGGUGCAAUAAGCCGAUGUGAAAUGUGAGUCGCUCCAGGCGGGCAGGCCAGACGCCACCCGGGGGCAUCACGCCGCCCAGGGCUGCCCGCCUCAGGCCCCGCCCGCCCUGCGGAGCUGCUCCCGCUUGCGGGGCCCCUGGCCAGCGCAUGGACGGGGACUGGGCCGGCGGGCGGAGGCGUGACUGAGCCGAGAGCCGGGCGGCCUGCUGGCCCAUUUGCUUUCAGUGAAAGCCACGCGGCCGUGCCCAGGCUGUACCCAGAGCUUUUGUACUUCCUGUUCGUUAAAUGUUUAUUUUUGUAAAAAAAGAAAACAUCCGUGAAUAAAGACGCUUCAUGCAGGA